AUGUCACUCAAUGGAAAUUUCAAGUGUUUGAUUCAGUUUAGAUUUUUUAUUUUUCAUUUCAUUUUAUUUAGGCAUCCGUCGAUCGUGAUAUCACAUAUCGUAUUUCGGUUAGCGGCAAUUCUGUUCUAUCUAUCUGCCUAUUUAUUUACGGAUUCAUUCAUCAUACAAUUUCUGGUUAUUUUGUUUCUUUUGUCGUUUGAUUUUUGGACAGUAAAAAAUAUUACUGGUCGUUUGUUGGUUGGUCUACGUUGGUGGAAUUUUGUUGACAAUGAUGGCAAAAAUCAUUGGAGAUUUGAAUCUGCUAAGGAUACGAAUCGAUUUGAUGCGUUUGAGCGUCAAAUAUUUUGGGGUGUUCUAGUAAUUGCGCCUGUUAUGUGGUCAAUUUUUGCAACAAUAGCUUUUCUUACUUUCAAAUGGGAAUGGAUGAUUGUUGCAUUAAUGGGAAUGGCGAUGACCACUGCUAAUUUAUACGGCUAUCUGCGGUGCAAAUGGAACAAUGCACAAGAGCUUAGCAAUUAUAUUUCAAAAUGGGCUUUUUUCUCGGUUAUUUUCUUUUAA